AUGUCAUCAGAAACUGCAGCUGCACCUUUUGAAACUGAAGUAGCUAGAGCGAAUCUCCUAAAAAGAAAUUCAGAUGAUGUUGGAUGGGAAUAUGGUGUUCUUGUUGAUGCUAACAACAAAGACAAGGUGAAGUGUAAGUUCUGUGACAAGGAGAUGAGGGGAGGGAUUUAUAGGUUGAAGGAGCAUCUUGCCCAUGUUGGAAAGAAUGUGAAGAAAUGCACGUCUGCAACACCGCAGGCUCUAGAGGCUAAAGAGAAGUGCAAGAAAGCAAUAGAGGCUGCAAAAAGGAAGAGGGAGGAGAAGACUGUUCGUGAGCUAGAACUUAGAGAGGAAGUGAAUGUAUCUAGGGUUGGAGAGGAGUCAGAAGAAGUCACUUGUGUUGGAAGCUCACAACCUCACAAAUUAGGGCCAAUUGACAAAUGGACACGUGCUAUUGAUCCUACCAAGGUUGAUUCAUUCAAACAACAGCAGCUGAACAAGGAACUAUGGAAAGAAAGAGAGCAUGAGGUGCACAAGUUUAUUGCAAGAUGGGCCUAUAAUCAUGGAAUACCUUUCAAUGCAUGUGACAAUGAUGAGUUCAAGCAAAUGUGUGAAGCAAUUGGACAAUUUGGAGCAGGACUUACACCUCCAACUCAAGAUGCCUUUCGAGGUAGUUUGCUGGAAGAAGAAUAUGAAAGAACCAAGUGUUUGCUGCAGGAACGUGAAGCCGAGAAGAUGAAAAAUGGGUGCUCUAUUAUGACCGAUGCUUGGUCAGAUAGGAAGAGGAGAAGCAUAAUGAAUAUAUGCACUAAUUGUGCUGAUGGAACCUCCUUCAUCAGCUCAAAAGAGAUGUCAGAUGUGUCACACACAAGCGAAGUCAUUUUUGAAUUAGUGGACAAAGCAAUUGAAGACAUUGGUGAAGAAAAUGUGGUGCAAGUAGUCACCGACAAUGCCUCUAACAACAUGGGAGCAAAGAAGCUAUUGCUUGAGAAGAGACCACAAAUAUUUUGGACCUCUUGUGCAGCUCACACAAUCAACUUGAUGCUCCAAGGAAUUGGCAAAUUGCCUCGGUUCAGGAAAGUGAUUGACCAAGCAAAGUCAUUUACCAUAUUUGUGUAUGGCCACACAAGAACAUUGGAGUGCUUGAGAUACUUCACAGAGGGGAAAGAGCUAGUGAGGCCAGGAGUGACUAGGUUUGCUUCAUACUUUCUCACUUUGAAUAGUAUGCAAGAGAAGAAGGACCAGUUAAGGAAGAUGGUAGUUCAUAGCAGGUGGGACUCAUUAAAGGAUGUGAAAUCAAAGAAAGGAAAAGAGGCCACAACUACUAUAUUGAGUCCAGCCUUUUGGAAGGAUGUGAAGCUAAUGUUGGCUGUUUUUUAGCCAUUGGUCAA